AGGAAGGGAGAAAGUCAGCUCCAAAGCCAGAGGGACAGGAGGGAAUUUAGCCGGCAUAAAACUUCCAAUUAUUCCUCUCUCAUCCAUUUCAUUAUCCUGGUCUCCUUCUCAGCUGCUAUUUUGCAUCCUGCUCCUGGCAUAACAGCAGCGUCCGGUCAGCCACAGGGAAGCCGGUGGAUGUUUUUUAAGAGCGCACUUCUCUGACACUCAGAAGAGGAUGAGUGCUUGAGGACAAGCUGGAGAGGCUGACGUUAUUCCAGAGGUACAUUCACUAACGCAGGAGAGGCAGACAGCGUCUACUCCAUCCUCAGGAGCGAAUGAGACGAGAGGGUCUGUAACGCUGGAGCUGAAGGACAAACCAUGGACUCUGCACACCUCCCACUUCACCUGGACGUCCAACAUGUUCCCUGCUAGCCUACUGGUUCUGAUGGUCCUGCUGCUACCUCGUGUCUCAUCAGGUCAACAGGAGGGUCCCAGUCAGACUCAUGGAAACCUUGGUAGACCUCUGGAACCUAGUUUGGCCCAUACUAUUCAAAACCUCCUGCUGACCCGCCUGGGCCUACAGUCACACCCAAACCCCAGUACAGAGGCACGGGUACCCCAGUAUCUUCUAGACCUGUAUCGAUUCCACACUCAACAGUACCAUCUCGUUGAAGACCCAGAGUUUAGCUAUCCCUCCCAGCAUGUGCAAGGAGCCAACACAAUCCGAUGCUUUCACCACACAGAUUCUACAGUCCUGAGUGUUCCAGAAGAGCAGAAAACGACAGGGGACAGCAUUCACAUUGGCUUCAAUCUGUCCUCCAUUCCGUCAGAAGAGAGCGUGGUGUCGGCAGAGCUCCGUGUCCUGCACGAAGGAUCAAGUGAAGACUCUCACGUGGUCAGUCUUUAUCUUUCCAACAGUGACCCUGCAUCAAAGCCCACACUGAUCCAUUCACGCCCACUGUCUAGAGAUCGAAAGACCACAGAACUCUGGGAAACCUUUCCCCUGGAUGGAGAAGUGUUUCAGAAUCUAUCUGAGAGGUCAAGGAGCCUGUCUUUUAUUCUGAACAUUAUUGCUGAUAAUAACAGCAGCCUUUCCAAGGAGAGACAUCUGCGGGUGCGCAGGUCCACCGAGCAGGAUGAGCACAGCUGGGCGAGGCAGAGGCCGUUGCUGGUGACUUACAGUCACGAUGGCCGCAGCGAGCCCUUUGUGCCCCUCAAAAAGCAGACCCCUGCUGGCAGACGAGGCAGGGGCAGAUGGACCGGGGGCAGGUUUAAGAGUGAUAGGGGUCAGGGCUCUGACACAGGUUGGCGGGUGGGAUGGAAUGAAAGGCGAGUGAAACGACAUGGUGGGAGGGCUGCCAAGCUCAAACGGCUCUCCCGCGCUCGCUGCCGUCGACACCCGCUGUAUGUGGACUUCAAAGAUGUAGGUUGGAAUAAAUGGAUCGUGGCCCCAUCCGGUUACGAUGCUUUCUUUUGCCUCGGAGAGUGCCGCUUCCCACUGGCUGACCAUAUGAAUUCAUCUAGCCAUGCUAUGGUGCAGACGCUGGUCAACUCCGUAAACGGGGCCGUGCCGCGGGCCUGCUGUGUGCCAACGGCCCUUAGCCCCAUCGCCCUCCUUUACCUGGAUCAGGAGGAACGUGUGGUGUUGAAAAACUAUCAAGACAUGGUGGUGGAGGGCUGUGGUUGUCGAUAGCAAAAUUCUCAUGGAAUAAGAUAAGAAGGGUGGACUUG